GGAAUCCCUAUUCUCCGCCCCCAGUUCAAGUUUUCACGUACUGAAACCAGCCUGGCAGCGCCGCCCAGUUUGACUGAGAGCCGAGGUAUCCCAGCUCGUCACGAAGUACAGUCUCUCUCACUCGCCCCGGGGGGAACCACGGAGGAUGGUUACAGACGCCGUGAUGAAUGCAGCCUCGCCGAGCCGAUGGUGACCGCCACCUCCUACCGUCCCGCACAGACCCCGCGGUGCGAGAGGAGGCGAUGGAUUCCCUGCUGAGCGAGAGCAUCGAGGAGGCGAGCUUGGAGCUGCUGCUGGAGCGGAUGGGCGACAUGAUGGAGGCGCUGGAGGUGUUGUACCCGCUGGGGGACGGGACGGCUCUGUACGGCCACAGCGCUGAAGAGCCGCCGCCGCCACCACCAACACCACCGCCGCAGGAGAGAGACGUGGGUCGCCGGCAGCCCAGCUUGCUCGCCACCGUCACAUACGGCUCGGUGGACGAUUUACUCAACUUCGCCAACCAGGUCUCCAGCACUAACCAUAGAUUCACGCCGGACACGGACUACGAGGCAGGAGUCAUACUAAAUAAGAGUGAUAUAAAUAUCAACAAUGGACAUUAUGGAGUCAACGCCGAAUUUUCCUUGUUUCCUUGGAAAUUUGCCCAUAGAAAUAUCGGGCCUGGCUACAUUCCUCGAGGUACUUUUGGAAAGUGCCACCUUGCACAGGAUAAGACGACAAAAAAACGAAUGGCGUGCAAACUGAUACCAGUGGAAUACUUUAAGCCUGCCGACAUUAAAAUUCAAGCACGAUUCCGUCACGAGAACAUUGCAGAAUUGUACGGUGCCUUACUCUGGAACAAGACCAUACACCUCUUCAUGGAAGCUGGAGAGGGAGGCUCGGUCUUGGAAAAAUUGGAAAGCUGUGGGCCAAUGAAGGAAUACGAAAUCAUAUGGUUGACCAAGCAUGUCCUCAAAGCCCUUGACUUCCUGCAUUCCAAAAAAGUCAUUCAUCAUGACAUUAAACCCAGCAACAUAGUUCUCAUGUCAACGAAGGCAGUGCUGGUAGAUUUUGGACUCACUAUCCAGAUGACCGAGGAAAUCUACAUUCCCAAGGACAUUCGAGGGACAGAGUUUUAUAUGAGUCCAGAAGUUAUUACCUGCAGAGGACAUUCAACCAAAUCAGAUAUCUACAGUCUUGGCUCUACCAUCAUCCACAUGCAGACUGGGAAUCCGCCUUGGGUGAAGAGGUAUCCUCGGACAGCCUACCCAUCGUAUCUGUACAUUAUCCACAAACAGGCUCCGCCAUUAGAAGACAUUGCGGAAGGUUGCAGCUUGGUCUUGAGGCAGUUCAUUGAAGCCAUGUUGGAGAGAAAUCCCAAGGAGCGGUGGUGUGCAGGGGAGCUGCUGAAGCACGAAGCGUUGAGCCCGCCGCCCGAAGAUCAGCCCCGCUGCCAGAGCCUCGACUCGGCCCUCUUUGAGAUCAGUCGCUCCUUCAGGAGGAAAGAGCUGGAAUUGCCGGAGAAAAUCUGUGAUAAUUCCAUAUGCAGCUCGGACGAGUCAACAGUGGGAAAGCGAAACCGCUCACUUUACAUUGACUUUGGUGCCUUGGCUGGAUAUUUCAACAUAAUCAGGGGACCCCCAGGAUCAGAAUAUGGCUGACUGUUGUUUUAAAGUCCCGUGAAGCCCCCUGGCCUGUCAGGCUUGGACUAUGGUGCAAACAGCCGGAGGAAUUGCUCACCAGGUAUAGGUGGCAGACUCAGAGGAGUUAGUUGGAUGUUAGGAUGCAAGGGUGGUAGGGACGGUCACAGUUUUCUUUCAUCCACAUUAUUAUAGCAGCAUUAAGAAAAAUGUUUUUUUUAAUAUAAAAAUAUUUUAUCACAAAAGUAUAUUUUAUUCAGUGACAUCCACAGCCUUGAGUUCUUAAGGGCCUGUCCCACUAUACGAGUUUUCCCAAGAGCUCUUCCAAGUUAAAAAAAAAUCAAACUCGUGGUAAGUACGUAGAAUGUACGUAGCGGGUACGUCGGAGCUCGGGACAUCUCUUAGUGGCUCAAUAGACAAUAGACAAUAGGUGCAGGAGUAGGCCAUUCAGCCCUUCGAGCCAGCACCGCCAUUCAAUGUGAUCAUGGCUGAUCAUCCCCAAUCAGUACCCCGUUCCUGCCUUCUCCCCAUAUCCCAUGACUCCGCUAUUUUUAAGAGCCCUAUCUAGCUCUCUCUUGACAGCAUCCAGAGUAACGCUAACGGCAGGUACUCGGGAAACGCGGUAAGCUCGUGAAGUUUUUUUCAACAUGUUGAAAAAUGUCCACGAGAGCCCCGAGUACCUACGAGCGGCUAUUACCGUAAUUCUCCGAGUUCGAAUCGGGGGGAAACUCGGGAGAACUCUUGAAUUACCUCAUACAGUGGGACAGCCCCUUCAGUGUGAAUGGUAUUGGAGCCAAGAAGACAAAUUUCCCUCCGUUUUUUUCCCCUCGGUUGCAGCUGGUGGUUUGAACGAUCCCCCGCUCACUUUCUUAGUUCUCAGUGAUGAUCGCUGGUUAUUGUAUUUCUCUAAUGAAAAAAAUUACUCGAAACGAUAAGGGUUAGACUUGUCUGAAUUCAAGAGUUCCUAUGGAAACAAGAGCAUGUAUAUAAUGAGAGCCAUUGCAGCCAAUUGAAUUGCACACAAAGUGUGCUGUGGGUUCCCCGUAACCCAGUAGCUCUGUAAAUGUUGUGAGCCGAUAGUUACUGUAUACCCUAUGGGAAGGGUUAGCCUGUGCUUUCUUCCGCAACUCCUCAAAGAAUAGUGCAAACACACAGUGUGUUAACUUCACCCAUAUGUAUUGUUGUCACGUUUCACGAGCUGAUAAAAUGAACUAGUAAAAACAGCAAGAUAGUUCUCUUUGUUAUGAAGGGAACGUAUUCAUGUAUUUGUAACCUUGUAUGUUAUUUUUCAUUUACUGGAAUGAUUAUACGUGCUGAUUCAUAAACAUAAAUUUUGUGCAAAUAAAAGCUCAGAGAGUUUGU